AUGGUCCCCAGGCUUCUCUGCUGUUUGACCCUUUGUCUCCUGGGAGCAGGCCCAGUGGAUUCUGGAGUCACACAGACCCCAAAACACCUGAUCAAAGCAAGGAAACAGCAAGUGACACUGAGAUGUUCCUAUAUCUCUGGGCACCUCUCCGUGUUCUGGUACCAACAAGCCCAGAACCAGGGCCUCCAGUUCCUCACUGAGUAUUACAACAAAGAGGAGAGAACAAAAGGAAGCCUCCCUGACCGAUUCUCAGUGCAACAGUUUAGUGACUAUAGCUCUGAACUGAAAGUGAGCUCGCUGGAGCUGACGGACUCGGCCCUGUAUCUCUGCGCCAGCAGUGCUGACACAGCCCUGCAUGCUCGGCAGCCUGCUGUACAAAAAGCUUCCUCCCCAGCUUAG